CUUUGAAGAAGGAUGACCAUUGGGGUCCCCAAACAGGUUUUUAAUACAACUACUUUCCACAUACCACGCAAUAAACAAACCGAGUAAGGAUACGGUUGGACAAGAAACACCCUUUUUACAGGCUGUCACGAAAGAAAAAUACAAAAUCAUUCCAUCCUGAAUCAUCACAUUUUGUCACUACAAUCCGGCAAUGGAAUUCAAGAAGUCUAACGUGGAAGAGCACCUCUUCAAUUUGAACUUUGCAGUAAAACAUUAUGAACGAAAUUCUAAAAAAUGUGAGAAUGAAGAAGAAACAGAGAAAAACGAACUAAAGGAGGCAAUACAGGAUGGAAACGUGCAGCGUGCAAGAAUACGUGCUGAAAAUGCUAUAAGACAGAAGAAUCAAGCAUUGCAAUAUGGAUGGUUCAGUGCAAGAAUUGAUGCAGUAGCACAAAGGGUUCAAACUGCGAUAACUUCGAAACAAUUGACAGGAUCGAUGGCAAGAUUUGUUCAGUCCAUGGAUACAGAAUUGAAGAGUUCAAACUUGGAAAAGGUGGCAGAAAUCAUGGACAGAUUUGAAGAGCAAUUUGGGGAUUUAGGUGUUCAAUCUCAGGUAAUGGAAUGCACCAUCAGUAACACAACUACUCAGACUGUACCUCAGGCUGAAGUGGACAGUCUCAUACAAGAAGUGGCUGAUCAACACGGGUAAGUGAAAAGACUUGAGUUGAACAUGGUCCUCCCUUCUGCAUAAUCUGCAACUGUAGCUACGGCCAGGGCAGCCUCGACAGAUCGAGAACAAGAUAAACUAUCAUAAAGACUUACUAAAUUAAGAGCCAUGUAAUAUGAGAC